AACUGCAAACUCAAGACAACUUCUUGGCUGCCUUUCAGAGGUAAUAUUCAAGUUCUAGGCUGCAACUCGUGUAGAUUCUUUUAGCUGAGUUUGAUGGCUAUGGAUAGUUCUAAUUGGAUGGCCACUUCAUUGGAUCUUAAUGCUAAUCCUCUUCGGCUUUUCGAUGAUACUCCGAAGAAGGAGGUGCAGGAUGAUUUUACAGGGUUGGGGUUGAAGGUCGUCUCAUUGAAAGAAGAAGAGACAGGUGUUCUUGUGGAGAAAUUGAACCAAGUGAACGCAGAAAACAGGAAGCUAACGGAAAUGCUAACAGUGAUGUGUGAGAAUUACAACGCUUUGAGAAGCCAUGUGAUGGAGUAUAUCAGCAAGAACCCCAAGAGGGAAUCUCCAUCAAGAAAAAGGAAGGCAGAGAGCAGCAAUAAUAACAGUAACAACAAUGGAGUCGUUGGGAACUCAGAGAGCAGCUCAAGCGAUGAAGAUUCAUUCAAGAAACCAAGGGAGGAGACUAUUAAGGCCAAAAUCUCAAGGGUCUAUACGCGAACCGAUGCAUCAGAUACCAGCCUUGUGGUGAAGGAUGGAUACCAGUGGAGGAAAUAUGGCCAAAAGGUCACCAGAGACAACCCCUCUCCGAGAGCCUACUUCAAAUGCUCUUUUGCUCCUAGCUGCCCUGUCAAGAAGAAGGUGCAAAGAAGUGUUGAAGAUCAAUCUAUAUUGGUAGCAACCUACGAAGGCGAGCAUAACCAUCCACACCAUGGUCGAAUUGAGCCCACAUCAGGAGCAAACCGAUCCGUGAACCUCGGUUCAGUCCCCUGUGCAUCCUCACUCAGCUCAUCAGGACCUGCCAUUACUCUUGACCUCACAAAGCCCAAGUCUAAUUCUGAUGCCAAGGCUUCAAAGUCCCCUGAACUUCAUCACUUCUUGGUGGAACAGAUGGCCUCUUCAUUGACCAAAGAUCCAAGCUUCAAGGCUGCACUUGCAGCCGCCAUUUCAGGAAGAAUUCUCCACCAUAAUCAAACUGAAAAAUGGUGACUUUCAGAAGCUUCAAAGUGUAUGUAAAUAUAGAGAUGGAAGACGGGGAAGAAAAAGGUUCGAAGCACUUGCAGCCCAAGUCCAAUGUUAUGACAGUUGAAUUCAGCAGUUUCCAAGUUGAACAUAUCGAAUCUGACUGACCCACCCAAGCCUAAAGGGGCGGCUUGGGUUGAAAACUUUAGAGCAUAGGAAAAUUAGGAUUAGGUUUGGAUUGAAAACCUGCAACAAAUUAGGUUUCAGGUUUAGGGCAUAUGGACAUGGAGACAGGCCAAGACGUUGUAACUAUUCUACUGUUUUACUUAGAUUUUUACAUAAAGUUUUAUCGAUGCGAGUCCAAGUUUCUCAUACUCUAUAUUAAGAUUUAUGAUAAACUCUUAUCAUGAACCAUCCGGUUGAAUUCAUUGUCAUUGUCCAAUAAGUUUGACUAAAAUUUGCUCUCA